AUGCAAUUAUUUGGUAGAGUGGCGAAUACUGAAGAUAGGGAUGGUGCAUCUUUGUCGUUAUCCUGGUUGGUGUUGAACUUUGGUGAACACAAUCCUCCAGCGGAGGAUGCUCCUGAGGUGGUGUUGCAACAGUAUGCCAGGGCUUAUAUAUUAGCCAUGUUCGGGAGUAUUCUAUUCCCAUCUACUACGGGGGAUAGCAUUCCACUCAUUUUUCUACCACUUUUAGCUAACCUUCAGGAGACUAGCUCAUAUAGUUGGGGAAGAGCAGUACUUGCAUGCUUAUAUCGCAAUCUUUGCCGAGGAUGUUUGAGUUCUACUCGUACAAUAGGUGGUUGUAGCAUAUUACUUCAGUUAUGGUCAUGGGAGAGGUUGCAUGUAUGUCGACCACAAAUGCAUACUGGGGCACCACCUAUAUUUGGUCCAGACGAGCCACCCCGUCCACUUGGUGCCAGAAAUCCAAAGCAAGUCCUCAUAUUUGCUAGAGAUGAGCUGGAUCAGCAAGAGCCUAACCAGGUACAGUGGAUGCCUUAUACACCAGGGAGAUUGGCAGAUGCACCAAUAAUAUGUAUUGAUGGUAGCAGAAUCUGGAGAGUUGUAGUGCCUUUGAUUUGCUUUGAGAUUGUGGAGUUUCAAUUCCCAGAUCGUGUUAUGAGACAAUUUGGUAUAUCACAGCAUAAACCGACUCCAGUGGAUACGAAUGAUACUUUACAUAAUCUAAAUAGGAGAGGGCGGGAUAAUGUCGAUUGGGUGGUCAAAAACGCUACAUGGUUGGCAUAUUGGGAUGAUAGACUAGCUCAUAUCGCGCAGGAGCAAUUCCCUCGCACGAGCAUUGGCGAGUAUAUGCAUUGGUAUUACUCGAUCACCCGACGGAUUAUUAGUGCUCCAUCGACUGAUAGGCCACAAACAAAUUUGGAUUAUAUGCAACGGGAGAGUCGGAUACGACGAGUGGUAAAGGGAGCAAAAAAAGUUGUUUCUGCAUUGCGUGAUGCUCUUAAUGACUCCACUGCUGCCAUUGCAAAUAAUUGGUUAGGAAAUUGUCGUGACAUUCUAGACGAGGUUGGUGAGGGACAUCGAUUUGAAGAAGUUAUAGGCUCUGAUGUUCAAGCUACGCCCCAGCAUGGUGGUAGAUAUCCUCUUGGUCAAUCGCACAAACGUGGUCACAUUUCCUGGGCAACUGACUUUACCAUGCUUCCAUCCCAAUUGACGCAAGAUGAUGUUGGUCCAUCCAGUACUCCUGCUGAAUGGAGUAGGCACAGGACUAUAUGA